GUUAUUUACUGCAGAGCUGUCUGCAUGAACACCAGAGAAGAACCAGAUUCAAACCUGCAGGCUCAUUUCAUGUCUGUGUACAGAGUGAAGAGCUGCUGGAUUCAUUGUUUCCUCCAAAUGAAAGAAAAGUCAUUUUCAUGUGACAGAGCGACGAUGCAGUGGAGUCUGUUUCUGCUUCUUCUGAUGGGUCAGUGUGUCUUCAUCACAUGUCAGCUGUAUGAGUACCACUUUAUUAAAGAAGAGAUGAGCUGGGAUGAAGCACGAGCAUACUGCAGAGAGAACUACACAGACCUGGCCAAAGUGUUUGACCUGACAGACAUGAGAAGACUUCAAGACUCUGCACAGAGUCAAACAGAAGCCUGGAUUGGACUGUACAACAUCACAGGAGGAGCCAACAGGAGGUGGCACUGGUCUCUGCCGGGGGAGGAAUACACUGAAAAUGAGACCUGUUGGACAGCUGGAGACCCAAAUGAUUAUAGUGCAAACCCUGAGAACUGUGUGAUGACAGGAGACACGUGGGAAGAUUAUCCAUGUACCCACACAUUUCAGUUCAUCUGCUAUGGCGAAAUGAUGAAAGACAAUAAAACCUUUCAUUUAAAUGAUAACUCUGUGACCUGGACUCAGGCUCAGAGCUACUGCAGACAGCAUCACACCGACCUGGCCAGUGGACUCGAUCAGAUAUACAGUGAAGAGUUUAAGAAGCUGCAGAACUCUACAGCUUUGUGGAUCGGCCUGUUCAGAGACACCUGGAGGUGGUCAGAUGGGAGUAACUUCUCUUUCAGAUACUGGGACAUGGACUCAUUUAAUGAUGGACUAAACAACAGGACAUGUGCUACGACUCUGUUAGAGAGAUCAGGAAGAUGGAGCUCUGCUGGAUGUGACCAAAGAAAGCCUUUCUUCUGCUAUGAUGAUAAACUGAUUCUGAUCAGGGAAAACAAAACCUGGGAGGAAGCCUUGAAUUACUGCAGACAGAAACACCAUGACCUGGUUUCAAUCAGCAACCCUGAGGAGCAGCGAUGGGUCCAGGAAAGAGCCAAAAACGUCUCGACUCCUUUCGUGUGGCUGGGACUGCGCUACUCCUGCUUUCUGGAUUUGUGGUUCUGGGUCAGUGACGAGCUAGUGUGCUAUGAGAGGUGGGCUUCCGGGGGAAGGACUGAAGACUGUGACAUGUCUGCAGCCAUGACCACAGGAGGGCAGCACGAGUGGGUCAGUCAGAGGGAAAAUGAGACAUUUAAUUUUAUUUGUAUAAAACACUGAGGUUUAAACCUAAAGUCACUUCUUAGCUGCACAUGUAGAUUUUCUGGGGUGAACUCUGUGUUUCUGCUCAGUGUUUACAGUCUCUGGGUUUGAAAUGGGAGAAAAAUGACCAACAGAUUAUUACCUGCAGGUUAGAUAUGUGCAGAGAGCAGUCUGUGUUUCAUUUCCUCUCCUUUACCAGAGUCAGGAACAUCUUGGUUUCUUCCUUCAUUGUUGCUGGAUUGGUUCAUUAUUAAACUGUAGCAGGAUAUUUGUUUAGACUUAGUUCAGAUAUGUUGAUGGUUUGAAUAUUUCUGCUUCAUGUGCUGUAAAUCUUUGUAUCACAUCAUUGUAUCCUCAGCUUGAAUUACAAAGCCUGUCACUAAAAGCAGGUAAAACCAUGUUUGUGUCAUGAUUCUAUAUGAGCUCUAAAGUAAUCACGUGGCUCCAUGGCAUUUCCACAAACGUAGAUAUGCAGAAACUGGAAAUAAGUCUUUCACAUCACUGUGGAGGAGUUUUGGUCGUGUCUAUUUUAAAGAAUUGUUUGAAUUCAGCCACAAUGGAUGUUUUUCAAGUUCAUCCCAAAGCAACUUGAUCUGAUUCAGUCUGGUUUAGACUCGGACACUCCAAAACCUUCAAUUUCUAUUUCAGCCAUUCAUGUGUGGACUUGCUGGUUUGUUUAGGACCUGAGUGCUGAGUUUCAGGACAUAAACUGAUGUUUGGACAUCCUCCUUCAGGAUUUCAGAGAGCAGAAUUCAUGUUGGCCUGAAGCAGCAGAGCAGCCCAGACCAUCACACCACUUUUUAUGAAAUGCUGUUAGUCUGAUGUCUCAUGUAACAGGACUCAAACCUUCCAUAAAAUUCAGCUUUUGUCUCAUCAGUGGCAUUUUGGCAGAUGUGAGAUGAGCCUUUGUGUUGUGUUUGCUGAGCACUGGUUUUCUCCUUUUCUCCACUCAAAUAUAAAUCCUAAUUUUUCAACUUCAAAUAAAUUGAUUUGAAUAUUUUAUGGAUCUCAAUGUUCACUUUCAGAGGGAUGUUAUGAGACAGUCCAACUGAUAAUAGCUUUAAUUUCAUGGUAAACUAUAAAUCCAUGACUUUUCAAUUUUUUUAAUGUCUUUGAUGGUUCUGGUUGUUGUUGUGUGACCCGGUCUCUUUGGAGCUGUGGCUGUACUGCAGACUACAGUUUAUCUUAAAAAUGCUUUUCCAUAAUAAAAACCAACAUG